UCCUCUUCAUUCCCACCAUGGGUUCCCUCACUUGCAACGCCUUCGACCUCGUCCCCCUCAUCUCCUCCUCCUCCUCCACCAAUGCAACCGCCCUCGCCUCCUUCCUUUGCUCGCGUUUUUCCACCAUCUCCAACCAACUGUCAGACGCCACUUACGCCAUUGACAACACUUUCCUCCUCUUCUCCGCUUACCUAGUCUUCGCCAUGCAACUCGGGUUUGCCAUGCUCUGUGCUGGCUCAGUCAGGGCUAAGAACACCAUGAACAUCAUGUUGACUAACGUACUUGACGCUGCUGCUGGUGCUCUCUCUUAUUACCUCUUUGGUUUUGCCUUUGCCUUCGGUGACCCCUCCAAUGGUUUCAUUGGCCGCCAUUUCUUUGGCCUUAAAGGUUACCCUUCACCCUCCGGUGAUUAUAGUUUUUUCCUUUAUCAAUGGGCUUUCGCCAUAGCUGCAGCUGGGAUUACCAGUGGGUCCAUAGCUGAAAGAACCCAAUUUGUAGCUUACCUCAUUUACUCCUCCUUCCUAACCGGCUUCGUCUACCCCAUCGUUUCACAUUGGUUUUGGUCUGGUAAUGGAUGGGCCAGCCCAACCCGACCCGAUAACCUUUUAUUCGGAUCGGGUGUGAUUGACUUUUCCGGUUCGGGUGUGGUUCACAUGGUUGGUGGCAUUGCCGGUUUAUGGGGUGCAUUGAUCGAAGGUCCAAGGAUUGGCCGGUUCGACCGGGCAGGUCGGUCUGUAGCUUUACGUGGGCAUAGUGCUUCGUUAGUUGUUCUUGGGACGUUCCUUUUGUGGUUCGGGUGGUACGGGUUUAACCCAGGUUCAUUUUUGACCAUCGUGAAAGCAUACGGUGGUAGUGGGGGUUAUUAUGGACCUGUCACGACAACAUUGGCUGGGUGCACAGCUGCUCUUACAACCUUGUUCAGCAAGAGACUAUUGGUUGGUCAUUGGAACGUAAUUGAUGUCUGUAACAGUUUAUUAGGGGGCUUUGCUGCAAUCACCUCAGGGUGUUCAGUGGUAGAACCAUGGGCUGCAAUCAUAUGCGGCUUUGUAGCAGCAUGGGUUCUAAUUGGAUUCAACAUGCUUGCAUCCAAAUUAAAGUAUGAUGACCCACUAGAGGCAGCCCAAUUACAUGGGGGGUGUGGCGCAUGGGGUUUACUCUUCACCGGCUUGUUUGCAACGGAAGGAUACGUCAACGAGGCGUAUCCGGGGCGGCCGGGAAGGCCAGGGGCUCAGAUCAUUGAGAUUUUGGUCAUACUAGGGUGGAUCUCAGCCACUAUGGGGCCACUCUUUUAUGUGCUGAAUAAGAUGAAGUUGUUAAGGAUUUCAAGAGACGAUCAAACCGCUGGGACGGACUUGACUAGGCAUGGGGGAUUUGCUUAUGUGUAUCAUGAUGAGGAGGAUCUUUCACUGAGGCCAGGGUUCAUGAUGACAAAAAUUGAACCCACAAAUGUAAGUCCUUCUUCAGAGGGUCAAAGAUCACCCUCAAACAUAUGAUCAAUGUUUUCUCCUUGUAAUUCUAAACUAUUACAUAAAAGUGC